CAGUCUUGUGUAAAGGCGAUGCAGGGGACUUAAAGGCCGCCAGGGAAGACUCCGCAUUUCAAGGAAUACAGCCAGCCAGAAAUAAUGGUGGGAAACAAUUGGAUACAACAGAUGUCGAAGGGAGUGAAUUCAAGCGUUACGGACAGCACCGUGUGUGUCUGGAAUCACCCGGCUCAAAUAUCUGCUUCCUCAUCCCCAUUCACAGGACAUCGGUAGCCGAGUAACCGGCUUGCUAGCCCGCAGUCCUUCCCAAAAUCUCCGCUCCGGAAUCACGGAUCUCAUCUAUUUUUUUUUUCAGCAGCGUUACGAAAGCUAGCCAGCAUCACACGGAACUAACCCGAGAAUAUGCCGCCUGUUUGCUUUCAUUAAAGUAAAGGUAUGACCUGCUAGUCCUCUGCUGCAGAUCUGACCGCUAGGAUCAAGCUAGCAUCAUCUGGAGUUGGAUGGACGCGCGGCUCGCACUCACCCACCCGCAGCAUCCCUGCCCGGGACGCGUUCAAGCCCGUGCUGCUGCACCGGAAUGCUAACUAACGAGGAAGUGGCUUUAACAUGACGAGAAACAUUUGGUCUCCCUACUGCUCAAGGCUGUCAGGCGCCACACAGACAUUGUUUAAAUGCCAAAUGUAAUGACCACCCCGAGCUCGCACCAUGUAUGUGGCUGGCCGUGUCUGUCUCCAGCCUUGCGGAUGACACUCACACAGGUACCGGCGGUUCAGAGCAAACAGCGGCGGCGCCGAUACACCGUCGCCGGGUAGUGCUGAGAGAAGCUAGGAGGCUAACAGCACAAUAUAGAAACCCAUAAACAACACCAAUGGUAUCCCAUAAGGUUUUAGUCGCAAUAAUCUUACUAAAUGUGUAUAUAGGUGUACAGUCUGUUUUCUACUUAUUCGGCGGCGUCCUUUUAACGGUCCUGUUUGCUAUGGCAUUUCUAAAUGGACCCAGGCUGCUGGACUGGGCGAGCUCACCUCCACAUCUUCAGUUUAACAAAUACGUCCUAACGGGAUACCGGCCAAUCUCCUCUGUGCAAGACUGCAUCAGAAGCCUGUUUUACCUGCACAAUGAACUUGGAAACAUAUACACUCAUGGCAUCCCUUUGGUUUGCUUCCUGGUGCUGCUGCCUCUCAACAUCCCCUGGUCUCAGAUCAGCGUCACGUGGUUGGGCGUGGUGCACUUCCUGGCUUGCCUGUCACCCCAGCUGGGCUCUGUGCUGUACCACCUCUUCAUGAACCACGAGGGAGGAGAGCCGGUCUACCACACCCUCCUCAAACUCGACGUGUGUGGAAUCUGCAUGAUCAACACAUUGGGGGCGCUGCCUAUUGUCUACAGCACGCUGCUGUGCUACCCGUUCAUCCGCACUGUGGCCCUGUUAGUUUACAUCCUGCUGUCCAGCCACGCCAUCUACUGUGCCGUCACGGCUCGGAGCAGCGUUCGCCGGCUGCGCUCCUUUGCCUGGCAGGCGCUGUUCCGCUUCUCCUUCUUCCUGCUCCGCUGGGUGGGCGUAGGUGGUGGCAGCCCCACCUCACUACGCCACUUCCUCAUGAUGGAUGCGCUGGCCGUGCUGGGCGGGGUCAUCAACAUCACACGCAUACCGGAGCGAUUCCGCCCGGGCCUUUUUGACUACUGGUGUAACAGCCACCAAAUAAUGCAUGUACUGGUGGUUGGCUCCAUCCUCUACCUGCACUGGGGUGUGCUGGACGACCUGCUGUGGAUCAACAGCUACAUCUGUCCCUCAGACUGACCCCACCUGCAGCCCCCACCCCCUCACAAGGAGCACUGGGAUGUAAGGUGAAAGGACCUCUGAGGGGAGGGGGGUGCCUGCAGAGGGAAGGGGAAGGAGGGGAAAUAAGGGGGGAACUGAUGGUGUGAGGUGAGACGAUAUGUUGUCUGUGCAUGUGUUCACCUCAAGCACUCAAACUCAGAAUGUUCAUAUCUACGUCCAUCGUGGUACUUUGUGCGAAUGCAGGCAAAAGUAUGUCAAGUAACACGCACAAGCAUUUUGACUCUGUCGCCCUCCGUCAACAUGGACACACAGGAGUAUACGGACACACACAAACACACACACAUAAACAGCAAAAUGGAUAUAUUUGAGCGAUGAAUUAAAUGAGUAUUGAACACUAUAAAGUCUUAAGUAAAGGCUCUAGUAAAAUGUUACUGCUGAGUUUAAAGCCUUUACUUAACAAUAGAAGUUUUACUUGAGCAUUAGUUGUGGUUGGUUAAGACAGUCUGUGGCUAAACGAUAUCACAUGCUCAAGUCCUCUCAGAUGUCACUGUUGCUACCUAUGCAGCACAUCCAUAUCUCAACUCAUCACACACAACACACACUCAGACACCCUCACACCUAUAUUUUUAUACUACAUGUACAUACUGUAAGUGCUGUAUGAAGCACUCAGAGUUUUCUCUACGUCCAACUGACUGAGUUUUACUGGACUGGUUGUUCUGUCCGUGUUUCCUUGUUUCCUGCCACUGCCUCUUUCUUUACGUGUGUGUCAGUCUGAUUUGUCCUUACUGUCACAAGAUGACGAGGAAAUGAAAACGGGAGAGGGGGUUCAUUCCUGAGCGUGCUAGCAUGUUGGCAAUGAGUUUACGUGCUUUAGGUGGCUUGGACCACACAUUAGCAAUCGAUCGCGCAGUGUUAUCGGCUUUGUGUGUACCUGAGCUCUGUGCCAAUGAGAUUCAGGCAUUUUUAAUCAGAAAAGAAAGUGCACACGUUUACAGACUGUGUUCAGUGGCGGUACUGUUUGCCAAAUUUUUGCUUAUGGGAGUCCAUAAGCAAGGUUAUUUAUGAUUCCACAUUUAUGAUAACCUCCCAUUGUAAGGAAGGUUGUCACCACUUUUUGCUUUUAUGGAGGAAAUGCCCUCAAAUGUGCAUUAUGAAAUGACAGAACAGACAUGAACAGGCACUUUUAUGAUAACAAGCUUUACACUGAAAUGCCACCAUGUGCGCAUUUGAUUGUGAUGUACAUGUGGCAGCAAGACACACUGAAAGUUUGCCACUUAACAAAGUUUUAACUUGUAACUAAACAAUUCAUUAUCUUUGCACUGUAAGUACAGAUAUAACUGGCCUGCAUAUUGGCACAAUUUGCACAUAACACUGUAAUGAAAUAAUAAUAUUUAUUAUGGUUUUUAUUCAGUUGUAUUUAUUUGCUGAUACAGGUAACACUGUGUUCCUCUCAGCUGCUUGAACAGUUUACGUUGUUGCUGUGCAGGAUCACUGGCUGACAGAUCAAGUUAGAGGUCACAGAAAAUCUUUUGUUUUAUUCAAACCGUGCAAAUCCCGAGGAUUAGCUUCUCAUAUUCUCCCCGCACACUUUUUUUCCCAGCGAAUUUUGACUCCUCAGUCACACAGUAAUAAUGUAGGAAAAGAUCAGUCUCUAUGCAUUUCAAUUCACAACAAUCGGCAAGAACAAAACAUUAUUUGACUUUUAAAAUUUGUGCAGCCCUCUUCUCAAGAUCUUAUUUAUGUCAGUUUUUCCUCAGACUUGAAUGAAAACGGUUUAACUGUAUUUGGAUGUUUACUUGUGCACAGUCAGUCGUUAUUGCCACAGAAUGGGGCACAUUGUUGCCCUUAUUUAUGCUGUCUUAUUUAAAUGCAUUGCUUUUGCUCUGCAGCUGGAUUUGUGUCCUGUAAAAAGCACCUUUUUAACCUAAAUAGAGGUUAGACACUGUUUUUUUUAAAGUGUAGUAUUUUGUUAAGCUGGUAAGCAGGAAUGAACCCCUCUGCCCUCCUGUUAUGUACAAGUGACAACAGUUCUGUGUGAAUGUCGAUGGGUGUUUUGCCACUGUUUUCUUCUGUGGUAUUUCAGUCACUACUCUUGAAUUAAAGUAACUGUUGCUCCGUUCUGUCUUGCUCAAGACUAGUGGCUGAAGUGCGAUUUUUUCCACAGGCAGACUUUACUUUCUUAAUGACAUUGCACUUGUUUCCCAUGCCAACAGUCACAGCCGCCCACUGACUAGUUGCCAAUCCCGUCAGACCCACUUCAUCUUGCCAAAUUAGCAGCGUCUGAGGUGUAGCACAUUCUCUGCUUCCUGUGCUAACACUGACUCAUAGGUGAAGAGGGAUUUCCCACAGUCUUAAUCACGUACACUAGCCUCAGACUGCGUCCCCCACCCCUACCCACCCCUCUGCUUCAUAAAGAGUCAGAUACUUAUGUCUGCUAGUCUCACUCUGACACAGCGGUUAUUACCUACCGUGACCGUGGUACAAUGUAAAAGCUGAAACUAAUGUAUUAUUGGCCACUGAAUGAAACUGGAAAAAAAAUGCAUGAAAGUAGCUGUAAUACAGAAACAGAUGUCUCGUAGCGUUAGCUCAUCGUUUGUUCAUCGUAGCCAUACACAGGCCUGAACUGACUGUGUGGGUACAGGGGGGUUGGGGGAGGGUUUGGGCAGGCGGAUCACCACUACAGGAAAAUAACUGAACACAGAUCAGAGACACUAUCACUAUCAAAUAAACUGCACUGUUCAUCAUUCUCAAAAGGGCUUUGGAUUAAAGUAAAUUAUAAUUCUGAAACAUAUUGAAAGUCCAUAUAAAUAAUGUAAAUACAUGUAUGUAGAUUAUAUAUACAUACAGUGCAAAAUGAUAUACCCUAAUUCAUUUUUGAUACAUACCCAAUAUGUUACGGAAAGACAAUAUGGGAUGAGAAGUAAUGGAAGUAAUGGUGUGCCACAUAAAAGCUGCUGCUCUCUUUCACAGCCAAAGCAAAUUAUGAGAGAGGGAAGCAGACGGGGCUCGGUGCAGUGCUUCAGGUUAAUAUCAAAGAUGUGUGUUUGCUUAGCUAUGUCCAUAUGUAUGUGAACAACAUGGAGGUAAAAAACAUACUGAAAUUGGUUUCAGUGCUAAUGUGGAGUUGUUUGACCUUUCGUGACUCUAACUAAGAAUGCUUUUGAUCAUUUAAAUGUAACCACUUUUUUUUAGACGUGUGGGAAACACAGAUUUGUGACCAUUGUGGGGAAUCUUGGCAGGCAUGUGAAUACCUCGUGACUACCACUGGUCUAUCUAUGCAUUAUCAGCCGAAGGAUACGUAACAGUCAAGCUGAUUUGUGUUUGUUCAAGAAACAGCUCUCUGAUCUGCUGUAACGGAGGGCUUUUCGCUCCAACAUCCUGGGUCUCCCACUUCUCAGGGUGCCAUAACAGUAGCUGUAACAUCCAAGGCCUGACCUCUGCUGUCUGAAACAUGGCUGCGAGACUUUCAUCUACCUCCACCUGCCCUCUUUGUCCAGUCUGUUCAUGCUAUGAACUGGGAAACAGAUUGGACAGAAGGGAGACAGAAGGUGGAAAGGGGGCAUUUCUCUAAAAACCAUGUUACAGGAGUGGAACCAGGCCAGAAAAAUUGGUCUUUGUCUUUUUGUCUGUAUGUUAAAUGAAAAAAAAAAAAAAAGACAUGA